AUGUUGACCAAGAACCUUUUCACCUCGUCGUUGCUUUCAGCACUCGCCGCGGCUGCUCCCAAGCCUCAGGUUGCGGGAUACACAAAUGCGGAUGCCAGCUUCUCGGUCUCUGACCCGACUGGCGUUCCCGCCACUGUCUUUGGUCCCGACUCACAGAUUGCUGCCAUUCCUACAGUAGCUCCUCCAGCCUACCCACGAGUGAGCUCGGACGUUGAUGGCCCAACAAGUCACGGACCUUACUCGGGUACCCCGACUACAACUGGAGCCGCCAAGGGUCCAGCUACACUCGGUACCGCCAUUGCGCCUCUGCCACCGAAUCCCACGGCGACUUACUACAACGCCAAUGGUAUCCCAAAGAAUGCUUUCCCCAUUCCCUACACACCUGCUGGAGGGCUCGGCACCAACGGCACUGAGCCUCGCUACAUGGUGAACAGUGAUUUCGACUUCGAGUCCAUUUCUCUUGGUCUUUACCAGGAAUGGAUCGAACUCGAUCUCUUCAACAACGGUCUCGCCGUUUUCUCGGCGCAGGAUUUCCUUGACGCAGGCCUCACUGCUGAGGACCGCGCCUACAUUGCCUUCAUGGCUCAGCAGGAGACUGGCCACGCCACCUUGUUGACCAACAUGCUUGGUGAGGCUGCACCAGUUCAGUGCACAUACGACUACCCCUUCCGCACGGUUCGCGAGUUCAUCGACUUCAACCAGAAGCUUACCCGCUGGGGUGAGUCCGGUGUCUGGGGCUUCAUCAACCACCUCGACUCGCGCGAGGUUGGCCAGUUGCUCUCUCAGUCAAUUGCGACCGAGGCUCGCCAGCAGCUUUCUUUCCGUCAGAUGCUUGGUCUGUCUCCCCAGCCCGUAUGGUUCGAGGCCGGUAUCCCCCAGUCUUGGUCGUGGACCUACCUCGCUCCUUACAUCAGCUCGUGCCCAGCGAACCAGACCCGUCUCGCGUGGCAGAACUUCCCCGUCCUGCACAUCGUGAACCAGGCCAACCCCAACCGCUUCUCGCCCAACGACACCAAGCCUAACGAGGUUUCUGGCAACCGCAUUGCCGACCCCAGCGACUCUACCAUCCCUGAGGAGGAGAGCUGUGUUAACGUCAACGCGACCGAGCACCCCGGCUACUCCUGCUCUCCCGGCAUCUCACGCAACCACUCUGAGCCCCUCACCUUCCCCGGCAAGCUCGUCAACUUGACCUGGGAGGAGCCCGGCAAGGCUGUUGGCCCCAACAACUCCUACAUCACCUCCACCUCUGCCGGUUCGCCCUUGUACGUCGCUUGGGUCAGCCAGUUGAACUUGACCUACACUCCCCUCGAGAUCACUGGUGACAACGUCGGUUUCACCUACCAGCCCGCUGGUGAGGUUUACCAGGGCGACCCAAUGGCCAACGACACCAUGUUCAUCGCUCUUACCGACUCCAACCCAUUCUUGACUCCCUUCAACCUGAGCAUGAUCAACCCGCACGUUGUUGCGCUUGGUCUGUACCAGGCUGGUUAG